AAAUCUUAGGCCGAAAUUGUGUUGAUGGUUAUGUCUUUUUAAAUUGUUGUUCUUUUGUUUGGUGAUUUGAUUUGGUUUUUUUUUAUCUUUUUUGUUUAAUAUAAUUUGGAUUUUAGAGUUUGAAUCAUGAAUCGAACUGCUAAGAUUGGAUGUCGAGAGCAUCCUGAUGCUGCUUUAAUUGAAGAUUAUCGAGCUGGUGAUAUGAUUUGUUCGGAAUGUGGUUUAGUUGUUGGUGAUCGUGUUAUUGAUGUUGGUUCUGAGUGGAGAACAUUUUCCAAUGAGAAAGCCAAUGCUGAUCCAUCUCGUGUCGGUGCUGCUGAGAAUCCACUUCUUGGUAGUAAUGAUCUUUCGACUAUUAUUGCAAGAGCCGAACCAAAUGCUUCUGGUGAAGGUCUCAAGUAUUCUAGUAAGAAACAAAUGAGUAGUUCCGAUAGAAGUCUAAUAAGCGGAUUUAAAGAGAUCAAUGAUAUGGCCGAUAAGAUUAAUUUAGCUAAAACUAUAGUCGAACGAGCUCAUCUUUUAUUUAAGCAAGUCCAUGAUUCGAAAGCUACAAAAGGUCGAUCAAAUGAUGCGAUCGCUUCUGCAUGUCUUUAUAUCUCAUGUCGUCAAGAAGGAGUACCUCGUACAUUUAAGGAAAUAUGUGCCGUGUCAAAAGUGUCCAAGAAAGAGAUUGGAAGAUGUUUCAAGUUAAUUUUGAAAGCAUUGGAAACCAAUGUGGAUACAAUUACUACGGGCGAUUUUAUGGUUCGAUUUUGUUCAAAUCUUGGUCUUUCAUCGGCCAUACAAAAAGCGGCUACUCAUAUUGCUCGACGUGCGGUUGAUUUGGAUAUUGUUCCAGGUCGAAGUCCAAUUUCUGUAGCUGCUGCCGCUAUUUAUAUGGCUUGUCAAGAUUCAAAGACUCCAAAAGAAAUAGGAGAUAUAGCGGGUGUAGCUGAAGUAACAAUUCGUCAAAGCUAUAAACUUAUGGCUCCAAGAGCAGCGGAUCUUUUUCCAGCUGAUUUUCCAAUCAAAGAAGUCAAAAUGAGCACUUAAUAGAAACUGUAACUUAAAGAACAAUCCAUAAGAAUCUUAAGAAGCCGAACUGUCACCAAAGGCACUUAAGGCCUAAGCAUUGGCUCAACUCUAUCAGUACCAACAAAAUUCACCAUGAUAAUGAUUACAUAUGAAAACCACAACCCAACUUAUUUAACGCAAUUUGUUAAUUGGUGCAAUUUAACUACAAAUUUGAGUAACCAAAGAGACAAUGUUAAAAUUCAACAAGCAUAAAUUUAUUAUGUUAUUUUUACAUUUGA